AAGUCUGCACACACACACAUAUACCAUGGCUCGUCAAAACUUUGUUGGUAUGGUCCUUUCCCAGGGGAAGAUGAACAAGACCGUCAAGGUUAGAGUUUCGCGUACCGUCUACGACCAGGCUGUCGCCAAGGACGCUAUUCGCAUCAAAGACUAUUUGGUGCACGAUGAAAACAACCUCUGCAAGGAGGGUGACAUUGUCAGAAUCAUCUCCUGUGACAAAUUAUCCCCAAGAAAGGCGUUCUCCAUUGCCCAGGUCAAGAAGAACACUGGUACCCAGUUUGCUGAGUACGAUCAGUUGGCCAAGGACACCUUGGUUUUGGAAAACAACUUGAGAAACAAGGAGUUUUUGCAGAGAAGACAGGAGAGAGCAGGCCAGGUCGAGUACCUCCAGAGCUUGAGAUUCAUGUAUGAACACGCCUACAAGCCAUCGUCCGAGCAGACCGACGAGAACAAGCAGAAGAUGGAGGCCAUAAAGACCCGCUACAACAUCAACAACUGGCCACCUUCCGGUGAUGCGUUAAAGUUGCAGAUCAACACCUUGAGAGAGGAGUUGUCUGAAUUGGUUGAAGAUAUCGAAAUCAGUGUCCCACAGGCUUUGGACGUGUUGAUGAAGGACGAAGAAAAGGUCAGCCAGAUCUUGAAGGACUUGGGUAGGGACACCCAGGAAAGAGCCAGCACCAGAAAGAACAUUUUGAGGAGCUACUUGAAGAAGAACCCUUCAGUGAUUGAAGCUUUGUUGAUCUAAACUCAAUUAUAUCGAUGCGUUUAGGCAUCGCCCCUCUGUACAUAUACGUUAACAAUGAAUUACUGAUUCAGGUGCUUUGAAUAUUGUGUAGAUCGGAGUUUAUACGAAGAUAUCCUAAGGCAGAGCCUAUCAGUUAGGCGAUUUGAUCUUCGGUGGAGAUAUCAAUUUAAAGCAGAG